GUCAUGCAUCGUGAAUGUCCACUUGACUGCAAAGUCUAUGUUGGAAACUUGGGCAGCAAUGGAAACAAGACCGAGUUGGAAAGGUCCUUCAGUUACUAUGGGCCUCUCCGCAGUGUGUGGGUGGCGAGGAACCCCCCAGGUUUUGCCUUUGUAGAAUUUGAAGACCCCAGGGAUGCGACCGAUGCUGUGCGAGAGCUUGAUGGGAGAACAUUGUGCGGUUGCCGUGUACGGGUAGAGCUGUCCAACGGGGAGAAACGCAGUCGCAGCCGCGGUGCCCCGCCGUCAUGGAGCAGGCGCCCCCGAGACAGAGAUGAUUACAGGCGGCGUAGUCCACCACUGAGGCGAAGAUCUCCACGCAGGAGGAGCUUCAGCCGUAGCCGCAGCAGGUCAUUCUCUAGAGAUAGGAGGAGGGAGCGUUCCCUCUCCCGGGACAGGAACCACAAACCUUCAAGAUCUUUCUCUCGGUCUAGGAGCCGCUCCAGAUCAAAUGACAGAAAGUAG